UUUCAAGCAAUUACGUGGCAAAAGUUUAUUUUCGGCGGGGCGCGAGGAAGAAGUGUCCUCGGCGCUGCCGCGCCUCUCGCCCGGCCCCGCGCGUCCUCCACUCGGCAGCAGCCGCCCCCGGCCGGGGACGCGGCCGCCGUGCGCGGGCAGCGGCAACGCGGAGGCGUCGGGGAGAAGAGGGGCGCUCCACAGGGGCCGAGCCCGUAGGGCGCUGUGAGCGCUGCCUCGGCUGGUUCCCCGCUCCCCCCGCCUCGUCCCACCCGCGCUGCGGGCGCACUGCAGCACAGGCGCUCCCCACGAACCUGCCCCGCCGCCGCUGCCAGCGCCCUCUGUAAGACUCUGGGCGGCCCGACCGGCGGGCUGGAGCGGGGCGGGCCCGGCGGGCGGCGCGGGGCGGGCGGAGUGGAGCACCGCCUCCGCGACAGCGGCGGCCGCGUUUAUAUGGGAGCGGCGCGGGGAGCCGCCGAGUUCCCGCAGUUCGCCCGCUGCUGUGCAGCCGCCGUCGCCGCCUCGGCCCGGCACCCGCCGUCCCGCCGGGAAGGAGUCGGGACCGUUUCGGAUCUCAAGCAGACGGCCCUCUCCUAUUUAGUCGUGGCUUUUCCAAACCCUCCGAGGAAAGCGGGAUCUUUCGGUCCUUCCUGUAUAUCCGACCAUUACAGGAUCUAGAAAUGUCGACGACACUUUUAUCUGCCUUCUACGACAUUGACUUCUUGUGCAAGACGGAGAAGUCCCUGACCAACCUCAGCAGCAUGCUGGACAAGAAAGCCGUGGGGACCCCGGUGACCCCUCCCAGCUCCAGCUUCGCGCCGGGCUUCCUGCGGCGGCACUCAACCAGCAACCUGACGGCGCUGGCCGGCGGCUCCAAGUUCCCCAGCCCUACCGGCUCCAGCUCUUCUUCCACAUCCUCCUCCUCCUCGUCGUCGUCCUCCUCCUCCUCGUUCGGCAAUCUGAAGGAGACGGGCUCCGGCGGAGGCGGCGGCAGCAGCAGUCCCACGGCCCUGCUCAACAAGGAGAACAAGUUCCGGGACCGCUCCUUCAGCGAGAACGGCGAGCGUAGCCAGCACCUCAUGCAGCAGCUUCAGCAGCAGCAGCAGGCGGCCGGUAAGGGGAGCGGCUCCGGCGGCGGCGGCGGGGCCCCCAUCAACUCGACGCGCUACAAGACGGAGCUGUGCCGCCCCUUCGAGGAGAGCGGUGCCUGCAAGUACGGCGAGAAGUGCCAGUUCGCUCACGGCUUCCACGAGCUGCGCAGCCUCACCCGCCACCCCAAGUACAAGACCGAGCUCUGCCGCACCUUCCACACCAUCGGCUUCUGCCCCUACGGCCCGCGCUGCCACUUCAUCCACAACGCCGACGAGCGCCGCCCGGCGCCCGGCGGGGGCACGGGCCCCCCCACCGGCGACCUGCGCGCCUUCGCCCCCCGCGAGCACCCGCUGGGCGGCGGCGGCGGCUUCGGGCACCCGCGCGGCGGCGGCGGCGAGCGGCCCAAGCUGCACCACAGCCUGAGCUUCUCCGGCUUCUCCGCCCACCACCACCACCAUCACCCCCCGCACCCGCACGGCACCGCCCCGCCGCCGCCGCCGCCCGGUGGCCGCCUGGACGCCGCCCUGCUGGAGAGCCCCGGCGGUUCGCGCACGCCGCCGCCGCCCGCCUCCGCCUCCUACUGCGAGGAGCUGCUCUCGCCGCCCUGCGCCAACAACGCUUUCGCCUUCUCGGGGCAGGAGCUGGGCAGCCUCAUCGCCCCCCUCGCCCUCCACACCCAGAACUUCGCCGCUGCCGCCGCCGCGGCCGCGGCCGCCGCCGCCUAUUACCGCUGCCAGCAGCAGCCGCCGCCGCCCGGCGGGGCCUGCCCGCCGCCCCCCGCCUCGCCGCCCUUCAGCUUCCAGCCCCUCCGCCGCCUCUCCGAGUCGCCCGUCUUCGACGCGCCGCCCAGCCCGCCGGACUCGCUCUCCGAUCGGGAGAGUUACCUGAGCGGCUCCCUCAGCUCCGGCUCCCUCAGCGGCUCCGAGUCGCCCAGCCUGGACUCGGGCCGCCGCCUGCCCAUCUUCAGCCGCCUCUCCAUCUCCGACGACUGAGGGAGGACGGGGCAGCGGCCGGGGGGGCCUCGCGGCGGCCCUGCAAGUAAGUUACCGAGCGAAGAAAGCGAAACCUCUCCUUCCUCUCUAUUUUUGGUUGGUUUUAUUUUAUAUAUCUGUACACCGAGAGCUGAACAAAACGAGAAACAAAGCAUUUUGCAAAAGGGCAAAUGACACGAAAUGAACAAACCUAUUUUUAUAGAGAGACCUUGGAAGAAGGGGAUUUUUGUUUCGGGGUUUUUUUGUUGUUGUCGUUCUUUGGAGACAAGUUAUGAUACGCACCAGCAGCAGCCAUUCCAUCUGUGUUCCUAAAAAAAAAAAAAAAACAGCAUUAGAAAAGACAGCACCAGAAAGCAACAAACAAUCCGGGGAGCGCCGGUUCGCCAGCCCAGCUCCUCCAAUCCUGCAGACACACAGAAAAAAGUUACAAACUAGUUUGUCUUUCAAUCCAGUUCAAAUAAAAACACAGAACAUACUAAACCUAUAAGCUUUUUUUUUAGGAAAAAAAAAAAAAAAAGAAAAAUCCAACAUCCUGCCAAGAAUAUGCCUUGAUAACAACCUUCUUUUUUAUAUAUAUCUAUAUAUUAUUAUUAUAACAAAUGCUAAAACCUUCAUUCCAAAGUUUAAUAUUGGUUCCAUUGCCACCACUUAGUGGAUGUUUGGCUUUUAGAACAAUUUUUUGUUGUUGCUUUAUUUGGAAGCACUCAACUGAGUUUAGUUUGUAAUUGUUGGAGAAUAACUGCUGAUUUUUUUUAAAUUUUUUUUAGCUGUUUGAGUUGAUUGCAUGUAUGAGUCACUGCACACAACUCAAUAUGAAACUAUUUAACUUAUUUAUUAUCUUGUGAAAAGUAUACAUUGGUAAUUUGUUCAUACUGUAUUUAUCGGGUAUGAUGAAAAGCAAUAGAUAUAUAUUCUUUUAUUAUGUUUAAAUUAUGAUUUUCAUUAUUAAUCGGCAAAAUGUGGAGUGUGUUCUUUUCACAGUAAUAUAUGCCUUUUUGUAACUUUCACUUGGUUAUUUUAUUGUAAAUGAGUAAAAUUCUUAAUUUAAGAGAUGGUAUGUAAUAUUUAUUUCAUUAAUUUCUUUCUUUGUUUACGUAAAUCUGAAAGAUUGCAUGGUUUCUUUAUAGAAAUCGGUCUCGAUGCUGUGGAAGUAGUUUGCGGAAUUUCUAUGGGUUUUUUUUUAGAAUGUAAAUGGUUGUAGCCCGUCCGAGUUGAAAAACGAGAGAGAAAAAAAAAAAAAAGAAGAAACAGACUGACUUAGCAAUCAGACUUCAAAGUGGCAAAUCUAAUUCAGACUUUUUUAAAAUAACCAAAAAGUAUUUUUGUUGCCUAACUCCACGAAUCACACUGUGAUAUAGUCUCAAAGUAUGUAGCAAUAAUUGGGGGUCCCAGUAUUAUGUCUCACAGUGCCUUCUUGAGGGUCCAUGCUUGCCUUAAAUAUCUCUCAACCAAAUAAGUAUUUUUCCUAAUGCUUGAGAUAAUUUGAAUGUAGGGAUGGGAUUUAAGUACAGCAAAAUUUCGCCACUCUAUUUUAUAAGAACAGAGGCCAUCUUUGGAUCUGAAACUUUCUAUAAUACAGGAACAUAUCUUGUUUAUUGAAUUCCAAAACCUGUAAUUUUUUUUUUCCUUAUGUAGAAAGUUGGGAGUUUUCCAAAAGUUUCCUGGACGGUGGAUGAAUGAGCAGUAGCUUAGUUUUGUUUGUACAUAGGUACAGAUUGAGCACUAUGUACUCUUUUGGACUACUUUAACAGAAGUAUGUUUUGAAUGUAACUAAAGGAUAAGUCAACUUGAGUUGUAAUAUAUUUUUCGGGAGUCAGUUCACUACAGAUUAUGUGAGACUGUAAACUUUGUACUGUAAAUGUUUUGUAGUUCUCCCAAUAAAAUUUUUUGGAAAAAAAAAAAAAAAAUCAACAACCCCAGUAACCCUUCAAAGUGCUGAGGCCCUGGCUGCCAGGCAGGAGUAUUUCUUGCUAAACACCACCACCUCCCAAUCACAGAUAUGUCUAGCUACAGAUUAACCAGUUUGCACUGCCACUCCAGGCCGCUCCUGCAGCCCUCGCUGGUCGGUGGCCAAAGUUAAUAAACGUUUCCAGAAGGUUCGGGAAUGUCAGCGGUGUACUGUAUCCUGCUUUUCUUUUUUCUUUUUCCUUUUUUUUUUUUUUUUUAAAUUUUAAUUAUUAAGAGGAUGGAGAAUCAAACUUCUGCUGCUUUUUGUGUAACAGCUGGAGUGGCAAAAUCUAGUAGUUGCAUUUAUCAAUCACAUUGCUUAUGGGGCUAUGUGAAUGUGCCAUUAGCCUUCCUGCCUUGUUUGGGGUGAGGAGGAAAUGGCAGUUUGGGUAAUAAAAAGGCAUAAUUAAGGUUUACCCUUUGUCCCAAAAGCUUUGUUCCUCUUCACUCACAGGAAUGCGGACUUCUGCCUCAAUGCUCCCGUCACCCAGCUGAGGGCAUAUCUGUGUUAAUCGGGCUAGCAUUAAAUGUGCUAAUCAGUUUUCAGGGCUUGGGUUUUAAACAAAUUACCUUUUCGAGGCUGUAUUUAUAUAACUAAAUACUUGGCAGCCUGGGGACUGUGUGAGUAUUAAUACUGGAAGAAUUUUAGCUAAUAUCUCCACAGUUUGGCACCCUAUUCCAAUCAGUCCCUUAAACUUUUUAAGUCACGAUUUCUACCAGCUUAUUUUUGUUCUUUUGUCAUACUAAUAAUAAAUGUUGUUAACAUUAUGGCAUUUCUGCGCUGCCUGGGCCGCCACAGCACUUUCUAUAAAUACAAGAUAGAAUGUAAUACCAGUGCCAUAUGUUUGUGUAACAAACCUUGGACUGACACUUAGUUUAAAAUUAAAACAAACGUAAGCAAUGUAUGACAACACAGCCCAGCUACAGGAAUCACCUUUUUUUUAAUGGAUCAAAAUUGCAUUUUGGCUCAAAAUUGCUCCCUUUGAUUCCCAGACUAAUUUCUGAUGAAAGUUCUUUUUGUCGCUGUCUGCACAGUGGCACUGAGCUCUGAUGGGUCCUUGCCCAGGCAUCCCUGGUACAGAUGCUUUGGCUGCAAGGAGCAGGCCCAUGCCAGUGUUUUGGAGGAACAGGGAGUGGCUGUUGGUUUGACCGGUGUCUAAGCUGAUGUCUUAACUCACUUUGGGAUUUUGAGAUUAAUUUUCACACUAAAACUGCAUAUAUAAGGAGUGCAUGCCUCAUUUAAUUUCAGAUUUUCUUUCUUUAGGUACAGUUUUUGCUUCUCUCACUUGCCCACCUAUUCCCCUGAGCCUGCCUUUUUCUUGCCACAGUAGAUAAGGAUCUUAUUUAUUUUCUAUAUUUCCCUUAUCUGGGACAGCUGUACUCGCAACAGUGCAGUACUUCCAUCUUCCCUGUGGUUUUCUGUUGGUUGAACGGGAUCUUGGUGAGGGUGCUGGCCUUGGCUUUGGUGUCUCCUGGCUGGAAGAGGAGCUCUGAAAGCUUUAGAGCAGCUGCCCCACAUGAAUCACAACCGUGCCGGUGUCAGUGCCAGUGUUCUGUGUGUUAAAAAGUUGCUGCCAGGACAGGAGGGGUGAUGGCCCAGCGGUGUCUCCCAGCUGGCUGCUGGCAUGCCAGUGUGUGGGGACAGCUGGGCUCGAGCUGCUCUCUGCCCAAGUGACCCUCUGUGCUGCACCCUGCUCUGUUUGUAUCUCCAAAGUGUGCUGCAGCCUGGCCCGUUGCACUUCCGCUGUUCAGAAAUCCGGGAGUCCUUGAACUGGGAAGAUAAAGCGUCUGUUUCUUGUGCUGCACAAUCAAGUGUUAACCUUUAAACUGGUGACUUAUGUUGUUGACUUAAGCAAAUGUUCUCUUGCUUUCAUUUCAAAAUUCAGCAAAGCGUGUAAAGCUGGUCAGGCCAUUCAGAACUUUCUGAUACUUUGCAAUAAAUCGAUAAAUACUGUGUAAAAAA